AACAACACAAACCCAACGGAAAGAGUGGACACUUCUUCUACUGUAACUCUAUCAGAGAACGACAGCGAGAGAUGGAUCCUGUGGCUUUGUUGAUGUGGAACAGCAUCUGUGUCUGCCUUUCUUUGACCAGUCUUAUCUUCUGUUGGGUGUGUUGUUUGGUGCAAAGGGGUCAAGCUCCCAUCAUCUACUACGCAAACCUUCUCUUCUCCAAUCUAAUCCAGCCCUGCGCCGUCAUCGUUAUAAUGGCAAAAGGAGAUGGCCACACAACCUUCACUACUGCUGCUGCUAUUAACUACACUGGUGUGCUGGCCAGUCUUUACUUCAAGAUGUGGAUUGUUCUGGACAGGUAUUUUUAUAUUGCCUAUCCACUGGUGGACUGUAUCAGACAAACUAAGGGUUCUGUGCUGGUCUGUGUUCUGGUCUGGGUCCUUUGUGUUAUUACUGCCCCUCUUGCCAUAUUUCUGGAUCAGUUUUUAUGUAUCCUUAUUUCUGCCCUCCUCCCUGCCCCCCUGUUCAUCUUCAGUCUAGCUGGGACUAUCAAAAUCCUGCCUGCGGCCACCUCAGUGCCCAUUGAGGAAAAACGAAGAAUUUUAGGAAUGUCGGUUCUGUUGCUGCUGAAUUACUUUCUGAUGACCCUUCCUGUAAUCGUCUGUUACAUUUUACAUUUUCGUCUCUUUGACACGUUAUGGUUUCUGUUUCUGACCUGUCCUCUUAUGGACUUAAGUCUGUUUUUUCUCAUGGGAAAAGGAGUUUUUGACAAGCUGCUAGCAUGUCUGUGUUACCGCGGUAUGGACGACGCUGCGGCAGAUCAUCCUUUUGACUGAAGCUGGCUUCAUAUCAGCAGAGAAAAAAAAAAAAGGACAGUAAAUGGGAGACAUACAGAGGAGCUAAAAAGAGUCGGGGGGGAAAGUGAACACCCUCCAACAGCAGAUUAGCUUCAGGUAUUUUUGAAGUGCUGCUCUCAGCUGGAGCAUCUCUGGCUGUCGACCACCUGAAAUCCAGUUCACAGUCAGUUUGCAUCCAGGAAGCAUUAUUUUGUUUAUCAACCUGAUGAAAUGUUACAUUUUUUUCAUAUAUUCAUCUCUGAAUACCUCAUAUAUUUAGAUAAUAAACACAGAAAGAGCAUCUUUACUUUCUUUUGACCUUUUAAUAGUUUAGCAAGUUUCCCGCUUAUAUAUAAUUAUUAACAACACUUCAUUAUAUUGCUUUAUUUUUGUGUUCAGAUAAUAUAGUCAGUUAUAUUGAAGUUAAACUCUAAAAAUGAAUUCUCUGUUUACUCUUGGUCAGUUUAAAGCCAUAAUUAGACAAUUAGAAACCAGGUAGCUUCUGCUGACUCUGUGGACACUGGGUUUGGUCACAGUGAACAGAACAUUAAGUCCAUUUAUUGAAUUAUGGUCAUUCUGCAGGUCAGAAAGGCGAAGAAUCCAGGAUAUGAUUAUUGGCUAACCUGUCAAUUACAACUAAUCAAUCACCCACCAAUUGCUCAUCAUAUUAGGUUUCAAAACACCAGGAUGGCGACAGUGAAAACGCUCAGCACAAGGCUUCACAGCUGUACGAACCAGUGAGUGAUGUCAUGAUGGCUACGCCCAUCUUUUACACUGUCUAUGGUUAAUCCUUGCAAGCUCCCAUGUUAAAAGGCAUUAAAAUAAUGCAGGCCUUUUUGGAUAGUUUCCCCUGCACAAUUACCCUACAGGGGGUGAGUUCUUAAUAUAAUGUCUCCACCUGGAUACUGGAGUUACAGGCAGCUGAAGCCACAGACUGUAUGAAUAUAAUUAGAUGUAGCUGACUGCUGUUUUCUAGGCCUCCCAUAGGCUAACUGGAGUCACUGAACUGGACCUCUUCACUGUGUUUAUAUUACUGGUGCUGUCAUGGUCCUGGGCCAUGUGCCCAGCAUUUUGUGUUUAGUUCAUUUAGGUUCUGUUUUCAUUGAGUUUUUUUUAUGUUUCCCAGUUUGCAUUUGGUUUUGAUUCUUUGUUCGUUACAGUUUCUUGUCCUGUUAUUACUUAUUAUUUGCAUAUUAUUCCUGUUUCCUUGUGUACUUUUCAUCCCCGUGUCUCUGUGCUCCAGUGUCUGUGCCGUUGCUCUUUUUUCGUGUGUUUUGUUCCCAAUGUUGUGACGAGUCUGCGUCUCUGUCCCUCUGCUUAUGUGUUUCCUGUUUUACUUUGUCAGUCUUCGUCACUUAUGCUGUGUUUAGUUUUACUUCCUGUCUCUUGUGCUUCCCACCUGUUCCCUGUUCCCUUGUUAAUCUUUGUGUAUAUAUAUUGUUUGUGUUUUUCCCUGGUCCCUUGUUGUGUCGUUGUCAGUGUUUCCUCGCUGUGUGUAACCCUGCUCCUUUGUUUAGUAUUUAGUUCUGGCACCCGUCCACCCCCAGUUUUACUCUUAUUGUUUCCUUGUCAUUAUUUCAA